CUUUUGUCAAUCUUCUUAUACAUUUUAAAAUAUAUAAAUAUAUUCUUCAAGGAUAAUUUCGGAGGGAAAAAAAAUGGAAAAAAUAUUGAAAACUGUCCUGUCUUUUCUUAGCUUUUUUUUAUUAUUAUCGAACGUUUUGGUUGAAGCUUCUCUCGAAAAAUAUUGCGCUCAUCACGACUCUGCUAAAGUUCGUAAAUGUGUGGUAGACCAGGGUAGAGAAAUGGUGAGCGACAUCGCUUGUAGAUGUGCAGCAAAACUGAAGCCAGAUCUUUUCUUGCACGACGAUGAGAAGAGAAGAGAUUAUUUUUGUGAGGAAGCAUCACCCGAAGAACGUGAUCAAUAUGAAAAUUGCUUUAUUGAAGAUCUUCGAGCUUUAAAUGAUCCCGAAGUAUUCAAAAUUUUAGAUGAAUGUUUGGACGCUUAUUAAUAUAAUUUUAAAAGAAGU